UUGGGGAUCUAUGGAAUCGUACGACCGAAUCUAUUUUAGUUCAUGCUGAUGUGAUGGAUGGUGCACUGAGUGUUGUCUAUAUUUCGUGGGAGGAACCGCUGGACGCGACAAAACAUAGGAAAAAACUUGCCCGAAUGGAACAGGAACUACGGAAUUAUCACAAGAAAGGUCAAGGGAAACGCAAGAGGGAGAUUGACGACUGGAGCUCAAAGCGUACAGGAAGUGUACACGACGUUGAAAUUGUAAAGCAUGAUACCAGAGCCAAAUUAAAUAAAACGCACGCAAAAUGCGAUGCGGCAGAAGGACAGCAAACCUUUUCUCUUAUGCCACCGAGGAAUAUUAUCACCCAGAAUAUCUCCCUGCAGCCGACCGUGGAUGCGGGCUGCUUGGGGACUGAUAUCCCUUGGUCUUAUUUGCCGCUGGAACUCGUAUUCGAAACAUUGUCCUACUUUUCCAUUGACAAACAGAUGCUAUUGCGUCGGGUGUGCCGUAGCUGGACCACUGUAUCUUCCGUUGUUUUUACACACUUCUACGUCGAAGUUGAUCCUGCCACGCGCUGUCCGCAGUCCAGGCUAGCCAUGGCACUGCAUAAGACCGUGCGGUCAAGCACGAAAGUGCUGCUCAUCACCGCCCCUGCACAACUCCGGCAGACGGGAAAAUGUUCCUUGAACGUAAUAUACACUGUAGCGGAAAUGCUGGCGGGCAUGCAGAUCCGUGUGCCGGUUAUCAUCCUGUCGCAUGUAGGCGCCUAUUACUCGGGUCUGUUGAUGACUGUCGAGUCGGACAGGCACAAUCUGCUGCCUUGGCGCGCUGUCUGUCAGCAACUGAUGCUGCGUGAAGUGGAGGUGAAAUUAUCGUCGUGGGAGAUGUCGAAAAAACUGGACAUGCUGGGUAAACUACAAGCUUUCCACAAAAUGACGGAAAUUAGCUGGUCUCCGCCAUAUUGCGAUGUUUUACGCGUGGUCAAAAGUUCCAUGUUUACAACUCCACCCCAUUGCACUUACAGUUAAAUAUUAUAAAUGCCGGGAAAUACGUUUCUCUUAUCGUUAGUACGGCAGUAUAUAAGAGUAUGAUGAACCGAUAGCAUUCUUCUGUUUUGUUUAAAUUGCAUAUUUUUGUAUGGAAGCUGGAUAAUUGCAGGGGAACAUCGGAGCGUGAUUGUAGACUGGAAGUAUUCUAGGGAACUAAGCAGGAAGCUCUUCUGUCUUUUGAUGUUUAUUCAAACCAAACACA